AUUAGAUAAAAAUUACCCCUGGGUAAAGGUCAUUACCGGCAUUACGGCGGGGAAAUUGCCAGGUUAUGCAUCCCCAACCAGUGCGUUGCCAUCCCUAGUCCUCGGGCACACUGAACAACUUGGAAAUGUUGGGGAGAUUACUUCGACGUGCUUCCAUGCAACUCCAUUCGUCGCUUGCGACUACUUCUGUUAUACUUCAACGCUCUAUAUCUUCUCGUCCUAUAUCAUCUUCGGAAUUCACAAAGAGCACUUCUGUUGAACCCUUGGAGGGUGAAAGUAUCACUCCUCCGGCGUCCGCCAAAAUCUCCGUCGACCGCUCCGGCUUAUACAAUAUUCCUGAGCAUUCUCAUGAACCGUCGUCAGACUCUGAGCUGGUUAAGCAUCUCAAGAGCAUUAUCAAGUUCAGAGGCGGCCCGAUCUCAGUUGCAGAGUAUAUGGAAGAAGUCUUGACUAACCCAAAGGCAGGGUUCUAUAUUAAUCGUGAUGUGUUUGGUGCAGAAGGUGAUUUUAUUACCUCCCCUGAAGUAAGCCAGAUGUUUGGGGAGAUGAUUGGUGUUUGGGCAAUGUGUCUAUGGGAGCAAAUGGGACAACCAGGAAAAGUAAAUUUGGUUGAGCUUGGACCAGGCAGAGGAACUCUCAUGGCUGAUCUUCUACGGGGUACAUCAAAGUUUAAGAACUUCACGGAAGCGUUACAUUUACACCUGGUUGAAUGUAGUCCAGCCCUGCAGAAGCUUCAAUACUGUGCCUUGAAGUGUCAAAGUAAAAAUGAUGUCGCUAGGAAUGUAGAGGAACAUAUCACUAGCUCAUUUACAGGAGCUCAAGUAUCAUGGCAUGCUACAAUCGAGCAGGUUCCAACUGGAUCACCCACGAUCAUCAUUGCCCAUGAGUUUUAUGAUGCCUUACCUGUGCAUCAAUUUCAGAGAGCGUCUCAUGGCUGGUGUGAGAAAAUGGUAGACGUUGCUGAUGAUUCAAAGUUUCGUUUUGUAUUAUCUUCACAGCCUACCCCUUCAACUCUCUAUCUCAUGAAACGUUGCAAAUGGGCCAACAAAGACGAAAUAUUGCAGCUUAAACAGAUUGAGGUAUGCCCUAAAUCAAUGGAUCUGACUCGGACAGUUGCUGAUAGAAUAGGUUCAGAUGGUGGAGGAGCUCUUAUAAUUGAUUAUGGCCUGAACGGAAUAGUCACAGACAGCCUUCAGGCUAUCAGGAAACAUGAGUUUGUUAACAUUCUAGAUAGCCCUGGAACAGCUGAUCUGAGUGCUUAUGUUGAUUUUCCUGCAAUUAAACAUUCUGCUGAAGAGGCUUCUGAUGGGAUGGCAGGUAAUGUGUCCGUACAUGGGCCUAUCACUCAGUCUCAACUCCUUGGAUCUCUUGGAAUAAACUUCCGACUCGAGGCAUUGAUGGAGAAGUGUACUGAUGAACAGGCUGAAUGCCUAAGGGCAGGUUACUGGCGUCUACUGGGUGAUGGGGAAGCCCCAUUUUGGGAAGGCCCUCAAGAUCAAGUGCCCAUUGGAAUGGGAACUCGGUAUUUAGCCAUGGCCAUUGUUAACAAGAAACAAGGCAUUCCAAUUCCAUUCCAAUAAACUUUUUCGUGCAAAUUUCCUCUUGCAUUAACUUUAAAAUGUUUAUUUUUGUUUCAGUGAACUACAUGUUAUACGUUCUCUUUAACGCACCCUAUUUAAAACAUAUAUGAGAUGCUGCAGUACCCUCCUUUUUUAUGAGGGUU